UCCGGGUCGUUCUCGCCGUUCUCUCCGCAGCCGAUACCGCCCGCGCUCGCUCCCGCCCCCGGCGCGACACCCGCUUCUGCGAACGGGGCGGCGGCGGUGGCGUCUGUGCGCGGGGAGCGGCAGCGCCCGGUGGGACUGGGGAGGAGUAGCAGCAGCAGCAGCAGGGCGGAACGGGGGCUCCUCUCGUCUCCUCACCGCCGGUCUCGGCAGGCGGCGGCGGCGGCCGGGAGAAGCGAGCCCGUGGGGGCCUCGGCUGCGGGCCCCGGCAGCGGGGCGGCCCCGCCCCGAGGCAGGACGAUGCCGGUAAAGAAGAAGAGGAAGUCCUCGGGGGCGGCGGCGGCGGACGACACCGGCCUCAAGAAAUGUAAACUCGGCAGUGAAUUGGAAGGAUUGGUCAGCACAUUGGAAAACAAGAGCAGAUCACAAGCAUCUGGUAAAGUAAUAAGUGGAGAGGAACAUUUUUCAAGUAAAAAGUGCCUGGCUUGGUUUUAUGAAUAUGCAGGUCCUGAUGAAGUUGUAGGCCCUGAAGGAAUGGAAAAAUUCUGUGAAGACAUCGGUGUUGAACCUGAAAAUAUUAUUAUGUUAGUUUUAGCCUGGAAACUAGAGGCUGAAAGCAUGGGAUUUUUUACCAAGGAAGAAUGGUUAAAAGGAAUGACCUCGUUACAGUGUGACUGUACAGAAAAAUUACAGAGUAAGUUUGACUUCUUGCGGUCACAGUUGAAUGACAUUUCAUCCUUUAAGAAUAUCUACAGAUAUGCCUUUGAUUUUGCAAGGGAAAAAGACCAACGAAGUCUUGAUAUUGAUACUGCAAAGUCCAUGUUAGCUCUUCUGCUUGGAAGAACCUGGCCACUGUUUUCAGUAUUUUAUCAAUACCUGGAGCAAUCGAAAUACAGAGUUAUGAACAAGGAUCAGUGGUACAAUGUACUAGAGUUCAGCAGGACUGUCCAUGCCGAUCUUAGCAACUAUGAUGAAGAUGGCGCAUGGCCUGUACUUCUGGAUGAAUUUGUUGAAUGGCAGAAAGUUCGUCAAGCGUCAUAGCAAGAAUUCAAAAGAAAAUGCAAAAGAUUUUUUUGGUGCCCGCCUGUACACAACGUAAUGAGAAAAGCAAAGGAUUGCAUUUUCAUUCAUAAGAAAGACUUUACUGUAAUUUUUUUUUUCCUUUUUUAAGGAAACUUUCUUGUUACAUGUGAUAUGGGCAUUGAACCACACUUCUUCUGAGACUGAAAGUUGGAGUUCUUGUUUUGAGUCUUAUGUUUAUAGCAUUUAUUUCAGAACAAUAAAGAUUCAGAUUUGUGACAAAGGCCUAAAAGUGAAGGAUGUCCCUUGAAUGUGAGUGUGGUGUCUAUUUUUAAAACCAAAUCUAUAGGAUUAUCUUUCUCAGAAGUGCUCUUUGCUACGAAUUUUUGAAGACCUUAAAAAUGCUUAAUUGGCACUGUUGCUUGCUGUUGGUAUGAUUGUCUUGUGUGGCAGAUGUUAGAAAGAAUGGCUGAUUUUGGAAGCCCUGGGUGGGAGUGCGCUAAUUUGCAUAGUUAGUAUUGGUCAUGGGUUGUGCCACAGCUUUCAGCUCCUUGUGGAGAUAAAGGCCUUAAACUCCUACUACUGUUUCUUAUUUCUUUGUUUAUUCCCCACCCAGUGGCAUGGCAUUUAAUGGCAGGCCCUUUCAAAGCAGACAGGUUUGGAGCAAAUGGCUCUAUGUGCAGAAUGGCUGAAAACUAGUUGCCUGUACUUCAGAUGCUGAACACAGAUACUCCUUGGUACACCAAGGCAGCUUCAGAUUUUUAUUGCUAUUUAGAUUUUUGGAUUGCUUUGUGUAAAAGUGCAAUUUCUAUUUUAAAAGGGAAAGCUGGGAAGAGUUUGUUUCAAGCUUUGCUUCUUUGUUUUAGACUGGAGGCACUCAUAACAAGACUUUUUUCUUCCCUGAAAAAUUUUCACAAGUAAAUCAAGAAGCAACUAUUUCAUCGCCUACCUUUGACCAAGUAACARGCUGGAUGUAACACAAUAUUGCCAUCCUGUUACUCUGUGUUUUGAAUCCAGUAACUACUGUGAUGGCCAUUUUAGGUAUUCAGUAUUCAUGACAACUUUUAAAUGCAAUGGAAGUUUCUCACUCUGCCUUCCUGCCCAGGAGRCCCAAUGCCCCCCUUGAGAAGGAAAGGGAUUUCGAUCAGUAAAUGUGAAAAACCAAACCAGAAUGAGUGAAUGAAGCAUUUGCAACUUCUACUUAAUUAUAUAAAUGUGUAAUAUAGRCUGUGAUAAUGCCAGGAGACUCAGUCAGUGAUCAAGGCCUCAGUGUGCCAAAUGUUUCAACAGGUGAAAUAAGAAUAGACAAUGUAAACUAGGCAUGACUUGAAGAUCUUUGCCUCAGGGAAAUUACUUCUGUUUUGCACAUCCCUUAAUCAGACUAACAAGCAUGAGUUUUUGUGUCAUUAGGGAAAGCUGUAUUCCCAAGAUGAUUUUUUUUUUUUUUAAGAAUGAGGGUGCGGAAGAAAAAAAAAAUGUGUUAG